AUGCUCCAAGCGCAGAGCCAGCAACAUGUUUUCUCCCACCAGCAUCAGUAUCCUCAGGCUGAUCCCUCAUGGCUGCAGCACCAGCAACAACAGCAACAGCAACAGCACCAUCAGCCCCAGCCACACCCACACCAGUCGCAGCAGCAGCACGCUUCCUUAGUCGCCCAGCAGCACGCCCAAGUGCAGGCUGCUGCUGCUGCCGCACAGCAACAACACUAUGGCCGUCUUGCCAUGAAUGGUAAUGGCGCUGGUAACCCCGCGCAGGGAGCCGGUGGCGCCGGUGGUAUGGGCGGAGAGGGUUUGUCGAAUGCGGUCUCCGUCAUGGACGGCGGAAUCAGCGAGGAGAAUCGCAAAGUCUUCAUUUGGGUCGCCGAACUCUUGGAUCCGACUCGCAGGGAAGCCGCUUUGAUGGAGCUGAGCAAGAAGCGCGAGCAAGUCCCCGAACUGGCCCUGGUCAUCUGGCACUCUUUUGGUGUUAUGACUGCGCUCCUUCAGGAGAUUAUCUCGGUUUAUCCGCUUUUGAAUCCUUCUCAACUGACGGCCGCCGCUUCAAAUCGAGUUUGCAAUGCGCUGGCGCUUUUGCAAUGUGUCGCAUCCCACAAUGAGACCCGUACUCUGUUCUUGAACGCUCACAUCCCUCUCUUCCUCUACCCCUUCCUCAACACCACCUCCAAGUCUCGCCCCUUCGAAUACCUACGACUAACGUCCCUGGGCGUGAUCGGCGCAUUGGUGAAGAAUGACUCGUCCGAUGUGAUCAACUUCCUGCUCACAACCGAGAUCAUCCCUCUUUGCCUUCGUAUCAUGGAGACUGGAUCAGAGCUGAGUAAGACGGUCGCAAUUUUCAUUGUGCAGAAAAUCCUCCUUGAUGACGUGGGAUUGGGCUACAUUUGCGCCACAUACGAGAGGUUCUACGCAGUGGGAACUGUCCUCAGUAAUAUGGUCACCCAGCUCGUCGAGCAACAGACUGUUCGCCUGCUCAAGCAUGUUGUGCGCUGUUUCCUUCGUUUGAGCGACAACAGCCGGGCCCGUGAGGCUUUGCGACAAUGUCUUCCCGAGCCUCUUCGGGAUGCCACGUUCUCCUCGGUCCUCCGCGAUGACGCAGCCACCAAGCGCUGCCUGGCUCAGCUUCUCAUCAACCUGUCCGACAACAUCUCGGAGGGAGCUCCGCCAGCCAUGUAA